AUGCCUGUGACUCUCGUUCUGGGCUCCCAAUGGGGCGACGAAGGGAAGGGCAAGCUGGUGGACAUCCUGGCCUCCUCUGCGUCCCUCGUCGCACGCGCUGCGGGCGGUAACAAUGCCGGCCAUACCAUCGUCGUGAAUGGCGUCACCUACGACUUCCAUAUCCUACCCUCUGGCCUAAUCAACCCUUCCUGCAAGGUCAACCUCAUCGGCACCGGCUGCGUCGUCCAUAUCCCGUCCUUCUUCAAGGAGCUCAGCGCGCUGGAAGAGAAGGGCUUGCAGGGCGUGCGCGAGCGCAUCUUGAUCUCGGACCGAGCUCAGAUCUGCUUCGAUCUCCACACCGUUGUCGAUGGCAUCUCAGAAGACCGCUACAAGACUGGCGUCAACCCAAAAGACAUGAUCGGCACCACCCGGAAGGGCAUCGGUCCUUGCUAUUCGGACAAGGUUGCCCGGAAAGGUGUCCCCUUCUGGAUGCUGGUCAACGAUGCCGAAUCUCCUCGCUGGGAAAAGCGGCUACGCGAGCUCUACGAUGGCUACCGGUCUACGUACGGCGAGGCGGCUCUUGCGUCGUACAGCGUUGACGCCGAAAUCGAGAGACUGCGCAGCGUACGGGACGAGUUAAAGCAAUACGUGAUCAAGCAGACUCCCCUGUUGGCUUCUGCAGUCGGUAUUGCCGGCGCGUCUCUGCCUUCAACCAACGGUACCGGCGUGAACCCCACCGACUCCGCAUCGGCUGGCAUGAACAUUCUCAUUGAGGGUGCGAACGCCCUGCUUCUCGACAUCGACCACGGCACGUAUCCCUACGUCACAUCGUCCAACACCGGCCUCGGCGGCGUCUUCACUGGUCUUGCCGGCCUGUCUCCGACAGCCCUUGCCGCUCCAGGCUCCAGCAUCGUCGGCGUGGUCAAGGCGUACACCACUCGCGUCGGCUCUGGUCCAUUCCCCACGGAACUCGAUGCCGCCAUCUCCCCCAAGGACGCCGAGUAUGGCGAGCGCCUGCAGCGCGUCGGACGCGAGUUCGGUGUCACCACGGGCCGCAAGCGCCGCUGUGGCUGGUUCGAUCUGGUGCUCGUCAAGUACUCGGCGCAGAUCAACACAUACACGGUCAUCAACCUGACGAAGCUGGACGUGCUCGAUGACCUGGAGGAGAUCCGCGUCGCCACGGCCUACAAGGUGGAUGGUGUCGAGGUGCAGGAUUUCCCGGCUGAUCUCGAUGAGCUGGAGCGCGCCGAGAUGGUGUACAAGACGUUCCCGGGCUGGCAACAGAAGACGACGGGUGUGAGCAAGUGGGGGGAUCUACCGAAGAAGGCACAGGAGUACGUCGAGUACAUUGAGCAGCAGGUAGGCAUUAGAGUCAAAUGGAUUGGGACGGGGCCGCGCAGAGAGGACAUGAUCGUGCGGUGA